AUGGCUUACACUUGCAACGACACUAUGCGCGCGUUCUUACGCGAUCUUCCAAAAUGUGAACACCACUUGCAUUUAGAAGGUACCCUUGAGCCCGACUUGCUUUUUCCGCUCGCGAAACGUAAUGGCAUUGAGUUGCCCGCACAUUUCCCGCAGACAGUUGAGGCGUUGGAGGAUCGUUACUCGCGGUUCAAAGAUUUGCAAGAUUUUCUAGAUUUUUACUACAUCGGUACCAACGUGCUACUAAAGGAAGAGGAUUUCUUUGACCUCGCGUGGGCCUACUUCCAACGGGCGCAUUCGCAGGGUCUCAGACACGCAGAGGUGUUCUUCGACCCCCAAAGCCACACCACCCGCGGCGUGUCGCUGGAGACGGUGACGUCCGGGUUCCGCAGCGCAUGCGCUCGAGCCGAGGAGGAGCUGCACGUGACCUCGAAGCUGAUCAUGUGUCUGUUGCGCCACACGCCCGUGGAGGAGUGCAUGGCCACGUUGACGGACGCACAGCGCAUGUUCGAGGCGGGCGAGCUGCACGGAUUGGGGCUCGACUCUGCAGAGAAGCCUUUCCCACCAGAGCUGUUUGUCGAGUGCUACGAGCGCGCGCGCUCGUUCCAUCCGGAGUUGCGUCUCACGGCGCACGCCGGCGAAGAAGGUGGAGCGGACUACAUCCACAACGCGCUAGACCUGCUGCAGGUGUCGCGCGUGGACCACGGUGUGAACGCCGCCCACGACGCGGAACUCAUGGAGCGUCUGGCACGUGACCAGACCAUGCUCACGGUGUGUCCGUUGUCGAACGUGCGUUUGCAAGUGGUGCAGGACGUGGGGGAACUGCCAUUGCAGAAGUUUCUGGACGCCGGCGUGCCAUUCUCGCUGAAUUCGGACGAUCCUGCGUACUUUGGUGGCUACAUCUUGGACAACUAUGUCGCGGUGCACCAGCGGUUCGGGUGGGACGCGGCGACGUGGGCGCGCGUCGCGCGCCAGGCCAUCAACGGGUCGUGGUGCGAGGAAAAGCGCAAGAACGACCUACUUGCCGAGGUGGACGCGGUGCUAGCGAAGUACGCAGGCGUGAUAGAAUGA